GUGGGUCAGUCAGCUGGUUGAGCGAGGCAUGUGUACGCCAUAGGCGGCAGGCCAUAUACACAAGGCCAUCCUAACAACCUCACCGCCCUCGCUUCCACCAGGGGCCUCGGCUGCACGCCGAUUGUACAACGAUGACACGCCCGCUGUUCGCUGCUGUCGCCCGCUCCGCUCGCCGGCGGGAGCACCUGCUCGAGUUGAAGCAGCGCUCGCUGGCCACAAAUGCGUCGUCUACAAGCAGCAGCGCCGAGCAAAAGCCGCAGACGUUCAUCGAAAAGAUCGUCCAGCGCUAUGCCGUCGAUUUGCGGCCGGCGCAAACAGUCAAGGCCGGCGACUAUGUCUCCAUCCGCCCAAACGUCGUCAUGACCCACGACAACACUGGUCCGUGCAUCUCCAAAUUCCGAUCGAUCGGUGCAACACGUAUCCGGAAUGCGUCGCAGGUGGUCUUUGCGCUGGACCACGACGUGCAAAACAAAUCGGCCAAGAACCUGGAAAAAUACAGCAAGAUCGAGUCGUUUGCGCGCGAGCAGGGAGUCGACUUCUACCCGGCCGGCCGCGGGAUCGGGCACCAGGUGAUGGUCGAGGAGGGCUACGCGUUCCCGCACACGCUCGCCGUCGCGUCCGACUCGCACUCGAACAUGUACGGCGGCGUCGGCUGCCUCGGCACCCCCGUCGUGCGCACCGACGCCGCCGCCAUCUGGGCUACCGGCCAGACCUGGUGGCAGAUCCCCGAGCAGGUCAAGGUUGAGCUUGUCGGUGCGCUUCCGCCUGGUGUUACCGGAAAGGAUGUGAUUGUCGCGCUUUGCGGCUACUUUAACCAGGACCAGGUUCUCAACGCCGCCAUCGAGUUUGGCGGCUCCGGCUUGGGCUCGCUCUCGGUUGACGAGCGCCUGGCCAUCGCCAACAUGACCACCGAGUGGGGUGCCCUCGCGGGUGUCUUCCCCGUCGACAACACGACAUUGAACUGGUACGAGGUGCUGGUGCGCAAGAUGGACAAGCUGCACUUUCACAUGGGCUCCUCGCCGCUGCGCUCGGCUUCGCAUCUCCGCCUCAACAUGGAACGCCUUGAGCAUCUGAGCCGCGACCCACUUCGCGCCGACGCCGAUGCAGCCUACUCUAAAGUCCUCCGCUUCGACCUUUCCACGCUCGUCCCGCACGUCUCGGGCCCAAACAGCGUCAAGGUCAGCACGCCGCUGACGACGCUGGCCGCGCGCAACAUUGCAAUCCACAAGGCAUACCUCGUCUCAUGUGUCAACUCGCGCGCGUCAGAUCUCAAGGCCGCUGCGGAUGUAAUUCGAGGCAAGAAGGUCGCACCCGGCGUCGAAUUUUACGUCGCCGCCGCGUCGUCCAUCGUCCAGCGCGAGGCCGAGGAUGCCGGCGACUGGGGUGCACUGAUGGCCGCUGGUGCGCGGCCCCUGCCCGCUGGCUGCGGGCCCUGCAUCGGUCUCGGCAUCGGCCUGCUCGAAGACGGCCAGGUCGGCAUCAGCGCGACGAAUCGCAACUACAAGGGCCGCAUGGGCAGUCCCAACGCGCAGGCCUACCUGGCCAGCCCCGCCGUAGUCGCUGCAUCCGCCAUCGAGGGAAAGAUCUGCGGGCCAACAGACUUGGACCCCGCGCUCCUUCCCGCGCCCGAUGCACUCCAGUUCAGCAUCUCGUACCCGGGGCGCACAGCGUCCGAGCUCGGCUCCGGGCCCGAUCCGACCUCUGUUGCCUCUGCCGCCGUCACCGCUACCAGCGAGCCAGAGGAGGACCUGCUGCUGGGAGACUUUCCACGCGUCUUUGCUGGCCCGCUGAUCUUUGCGCCGCAGGACAAUCUCAACACUGACGCGCUCUACCCGGGCAAGUACACGUAUCAGGACGACAUCACGCCCUCCAAGCAGGCGGAGGUCGUCAUGGAGAACUACGACCCGGGAUUUGCCGCCGUCGUCGCGAGGCUGCGCGAGGAGCAAGGCGGCGCCGUGGCAGCUACACCGGCACAAGCCGAUGCCGGAACGAGGCGCGGCGUUGUCCUCGUUGGCGGGUACAACUUUGGGACGGGCAGCUCGCGCGAGCAAGCCGCAACAGCCCUAAAACACGCGGGCAUCCCGCUCGUGCUCGCGGGGAGCUUUGGGGAUAUUUUCAAGCGCAACGCGAUCAACAACGGCCUUGUGUGCCUCGAGUGUCCCGAGCUGGUCGAGGAUUUGACGCGCGAGUACGCCAAGGAUGGACAGCGCGGGAAUGGCGGCAAGCGGCCAGGUGAGGUAUCGGUGCUACUGCGUGAUAGCGACGUCAGCGUUAGCAGCGUCGAUGGUCGUGUGCGUUUGCACAUGCAGGAAGAUGGCGUUCCUACCGAGCGCACUUACGUCACGCGGCCCGCCGGCGUCGGACGCAGCGUGCAGGAGAUUUUUGUCGCCGGCGGACUCGAGGCGUGGGUCAAGCAGCGAUUGUAAAUGAAGCGCAAAAUACCAGAUUUUGCUCGUAGAG